AUGGACGAAGUGUUAGACAUCGCUCUAUUGGGCGCCAACGAGACACACAUCGCGAUCGCCACAAACAGCCCUAAUAUCAAGAUUUUUGAGUUAAAAACAUUAAACUGUUAUCUAUUGAAAGGACACACAGAUAUCGUACUAUCGCUGGAGACAUACCCAUCAGACCCGCUGACACUCGUCAGCUCAUCCAAAGACAACGUGAUCAGAGUGUGGAAGUUUGACGAGACAUUAUCAUCAGCCGUUUGCCAGUACUACGGCUCGGGUCACACGCAUUCGGUCACUGCCAUAGCUGUGCCGUAUCUCAAGAACCAAUUCAUUGUCAGCGGCAGCGAAGACACCACUUUAAAGAUAUGGAAGAUUCCCAAGAAAUUGCCCGACGAUUGCGGCGAUAAUAAAGCGAUCGCUUUGUCCGCCAAACAUACACAACGAGCCCACGAAAAGGUGAUCAAUGCGGUGGCGCUGUCACCGAACGACCAGUUGAUUGCCAGCGGUUCUCAAGACAAGACAGCGAAGAUAUGGGCGACCGAUGGCCUGCGACUAUUGGGCACAAUGCGCGGUCACCGCAAAAGUAUUUGGUGCGUAAAGUUCUCACCCGUGGAUCAAGUGUUGGCCACGUCGUCAGCGGACGCCACUAUCAAGAUCUGGGCUCUCGUGGACUACAGCUGUCUGAAGACGUUUGAAGGACACGACACGUCUGUAUUGAAGGUACUGUUCAUCGAUCGCGGAAUGCAAAUGAUCUCCAGCGGCAGCGACGGUAACGUCAAGAUCUGGAACAUCAAAGACAACGAAUGCGUUAAGACAUUGGACGCUCACGCGGACAAAGUGUGGGCACUGGCGCUAACGCAACAGCACUCAGCCAAUGGCCGCACUCUCUUGAUCACCGGGAGCUCCGAUUCGGCGGUCUUUAUCUGGGAGGACGUGACCGCCGAUGAACGCGAAGAGACGGCCGCCAAACACGAGCUGCAGAUAGAAAGCGAACAAAAUUUGUUGAAUUAUAUCCAGAAGAAGAAGUGGUCGAAAGCGCUGACCAUUGCUGUACGACUGGAUCAGCCGUACCGCGCCUUAAGCAUAAUGAAAGAGAUUCUACUGGACUCUGAAGGAGCCGACAAAGUGGCCGAAGUGUUGUCCCGUUUACGCGAAGAUCAGUUGCUGUCGCUGUUGGAGUACGCGAUCGUAUGGAAUACUAAUAGUAGGCAUUAUAUCGUCGCUCAGUGUGUCCUCCGAGCGGUUGUCCGCCAAAUACCGCCCAAAGAACUGCUGAAAACACCAGAACUGAAGGCCAAAGUGGAGAAACUAUUGCCGUACAGCGAGAGACACAUGAGUCGCUUGACUCGUCUCCAACAGUCCGUCACUUUUGUGGACUAUAUUUGGGAGAGAAUUAAAUUACCGGAAAUG